UUUGAACAUUCUGGCGGGUAGCCACGCCCCUCCGCCGGGUUGUUGUGGAAGAGGAUCUGGAACGUUCGGUGUCGUCCGCAGCGGCGUCUCCUCAUCAUGGGCGCGGAAAAGAGGUUGCUGCCGGUCAAGGAGGCCUUCCAGCUGGCGCAGCAGCCACACCAGAACCAGGCGAAGCUGGUGGUGGCGUUGAGCCGCACCUACAGCACGAUGAGCGAUAAAACAAUUUUCCAUAAGGAGUUCAUCCAGUACCUUAAAUAUGCCAUGAUAAUCUAUAAACGCGAGCCAGCUGUGGAGAGAAUAAUAGAUUUUGCUGCAAAGUUUGUUACUUCGUUUCACCAAUCCGAUGUGGAAGAUGAUGAGGAAGAGGAGGACGGUGGCAUUUUAAAGCAUUUGUUUACUUUUCUACUAGAGUCUCAUGAAGCAAAUAGCAAUGCAGUAAGGUUUAGAGUGUGCCAGCUCAUAAACAAGCUUUUGGGGAAUAUGCCAGAAAAUGCCCAGAUUGAUGAUUGUUUGUUUGAUAAAAUUAAUGAAACCAUGCUUGUCAGAUUAAAGGAUAAGAUUCCAAACGUGAGAAUUCAGGCAGUUUUGGCGCUCUCACGACUUCAGGACCCCAAGGAUGACGAAUGCCCAGUGAUUGAUGCAUAUACUACUUUGAUUGAAAAUGAUUCAAACCCAGAAGUGAGGCGAGCAGUGUUGUCAUGUAUUGCACCAUCAGCGAAGACUUUGCCAAAAAUUGUGGGACGUACCAAGGAUGUGAAAGAAGCUGUCAGAAAGCUGGCUUAUCAGGUUUUAGCGGAAAAGGUUCAUAUGAGAGCUAUGUCCAUUGCUCAGAGAGUCAUGCUUCUUCAACAAGGUCUUAAUGACAGAUCAGAUGCAGUCAAACAGGCAGUGAAGAAGCAUCUUCUCCAAGGGUGGUUGCGUUUCACUGAUGGAAAUAUCUUAGAAUUGCUUCAUCGUCUGGAUGUGGAAAAUUCAUCCGAAGUGGCAGUCUCUGUCCUUGGUGCCUUAUUUUCAGUAACUCCUCUCAAUGAACUGGUUGCAGUCUGUAAAAACAAUGAUGGCAGGAAACUGAUUCCAGUUGAAACCUUAACUCCUGAAAAUGCUUUGUAUUGGCGUGCGCUAUGUGAAUAUUUGAAAUCAAAAGGAGAUGAAGGUGAAGAAUUUUUGGAGCAGAUUUUGCCAGAGCCUGCAGUAUAUGCAGAAUAUUUACUAAGUUACAUCAAGGGCAUUCCAGUUGUCAUUGAAGAACAGAGAGGUGAUUUUACCUACAUUGGAAAUUUGAUGACAAAACAGUUCAUAGGACAACAGUUAAUUCUAAUUAUUAAGUCUUUGGAUACCAGUGAAGAAGGAGGAAGGAAACGACUGCUGACUGUAUUACAGGAGAUUCUUAGUUUACCCACUACCCCAGUAUCCCUCAUGUCUUUUCUUGUUGAGAGACUACUCCACAUCGUCACAGAUGAUAAUAAGAGGACACAAAUUGUUACAGAAGUUAUUUCGGAGAUUCGAGCACCAAUUGUUACUAUUGGUGUGAACGACCCAGGUGAAGCAAGAAAAAAGGAAGUCAAGGUGGCUGAAAUAAAAGUUAAACUUAUUGAAGCAAAAGAAGCUUUGGAAAAUUGUGUUACCUUGCAAGAUUUUGAUCAGGCAUCAAAAUUAAAGGAAGAAAUAAAAGCAUUAGAAGAUGCCAAAAUAAAGCUAUUGAAAGAGACAGAGCAACUUGAAAUUAAAGAAGUCCAAAUAGAGAAGAAUGAUGCUGAAACUCUACAGAAGUGUCUCAUUUUGUGCUAUGAACUGUUGAAACAGAUGUCCAUUUCAACAGGUAUUGGUGCAACCAUGAAUGGCAUCAUUGAAUCUUUGAUUCUUCCUGGAAUAAUAAGUAUUCAUCCUGUAGUAAGAAAUCUGGCUGUUUUAUGCUUAGGAUGCUGUGGACUACAGAAUCAGGACUUUGCAAGUAAACACUUUGUACUACUUUUGCAGGUAUUGCAAAUUGAUGAUGUCACCAUAAAAAUAAGCGCUUUAAAGGCAAUUUUCGACCAACUGAUGACUUUUGGGAUUGAACCAUUUAAAGCAAAAAAUAUCAAGGAUCUUCAGUCUGAAGAUGUAGAAAUAAACAGUGAUGCUGAACAAGAGUCAAAAGAUGUUGAAGAGACUGCUACAGUGAAGAAUGUUCUGAAACUCCUUUCUGAUUUCUUAGAUAGUGAGGUGUCUGAACUUCGGAUAGGCGCUGCAGAGGGCCUGGCCAAGCUGAUGUUCUCUGGGCUUUUGGUCAGCAGUAGGAUUCUUUCCCGUCUUGUGCUGUUAUGGUACAACCCUGUGACUGAAGAGGACUUUCGACUUCGGCAUUGCCUUGGCGUGUUCUUCCCCAUGUUUGCUUAUGCAAGCAGGACAAAUCAGGAAUGCUUUGAGGAAGCCUUUCUUCCAACUUUGCAGACACUGACCAAUGCUCCUGCGUCGUCUCCUUUGGCUGAAGUAGAUGUCGCAAACGUUGCAGAGUUACUUGUAGAUUUGACAAGACCAAGUGGAUUAAAUCCUCAAGCCAAGAACUCUGAGGAUUACCAGGCCCUUACGGUACAUGACAAUUUGGCUAUAAAAAUUUGCAAUGAGAUCUUAACAAAUCCUUGCUCACCAGAGGUGCGAAUCUAUACAAAAGCCUUGAAUUCUUUAGAACUGAGUAACAAUAUUGCAAAAGAUCUUCUGGUUCUCUUGGAUGAGAUUCUGGAGGAAGUAAAAGACAGAACAUGUCUGAAAGCUUUGGAGAAAAUCAAGGUUCAGUUAGGAAAAGAAAAUAAAGAAUUUGAUGACCAAACUGGGACAGCACAGGAAUCUAGUACCACCACAACCAUAUUUGAAAUUGACCACGAAAGUAAUAAGGAAGCAUAUGUGACUCUACGCAAGGAUGAAAAAUCAACCUGUGUUUCAAAGUCUGCUCAGCAGAAGACUAAGAGAGGACGGGGAAAAGGGACAGCUUCGGCAAGGAUGAACAGAUGUCAGACUGGUGAGGCUGAAUGUGAAAGUGAUUAUGAAGUUCCAGAACCAGAAUCAGAAAUGAAGAGGAGAUUACCAAGACGAGCCAAAACAGCAGCACUAGAGAAAGUGAACUUAUCCUUGCAUAGUUUCUCAACAAAGAUUUAAGUUAGGAGACAUAAGGAUGGAGUUGUUUAAAUUUUUGUUUAGUCCUUUGCUUUAAUAAAAUUAUCCAGUGUGAAAAAGAAAAUCUGAUGUGUUUCGGAAGACUGCACUGUAUACCAACCACAUCACUUCCUGCUUGUACAGUCACAGACUACUUUGGCUUGUAAUAAAGCAUGAGGACUUUCAGUGUGGGACGGAGGCCGUAGUAGAUAGUGGGCAGACUGCGCUGUCCGGGAUGGGCUUUGUACAUGUUCCCAUGGGAUUCUUACCAACUGUUAAGGGGAAAGGCUCAGGAUUAAGAGAAUCUUCCAAGUGUAACUAGUUAGGAGCUUGCAUUGAGAAGCUUAUGUCUCAGAUGGAACAGAUCCAAUACAGAUGCGAGUGCUUCAGAACAUCUGUCAUAAACUGACAUUUCAAGGGCAAAUGAAGUGCCAGAAGCUGGUAGGAUGAAGUGACUCCCGAUGA